GGGUUAUCACCCUGCAUCUGUAUGCACAGGAUCCUGGAAAAUACGUACAUAUGUCCAGCUGACCCAACCAGAGAUGAAGAGCAAUGUCUAAGGGUGAGGUACUCCUACAUCUGUGUAGGGCAUCCAACUCUAAUCCAGUUCAUGCCAAGGGACCCGAUCCUCGUGCCAAGGCAAAGGCCUCCUACAGGGUAUCAUCAAGUAAUACAUUAAAGCGAGAAAUAACUUUGCAAAGCCGCAAGGGGUGGGUGGUGGGGAGAUUUUGUAUAGCCGGGUCCCGCCCAGGUAAGAGGUAUUGCACCAGAAAACCAUACAAAGCAAGAACAAAAGAUCAAAUAAUCCUAUCCACCCUGUCAAUCUCGCUAUCUGGGGGUGCCCAUAUCCCUGUCUCGGGCAGAGACAUCUCGCUCGGCUCUUCUCAGCCGUCAACUUGUCAGAUGCAAAACCCUUGUAAGCACACUUGGCAUAAAGGCCACUUACUGCUAGUAUUGGUGGCAUCGUAUCUCCACGCAUCCUCCUUGGGCCGACUAGCAGUAUUUGUGUUACACUCUCGGUACACAUCUUGGAACAUUAGUGGCCGAGUUGACAGUAAGGAGGAAAGAACAGGUCGUCAGUCUGCAACCGAACUCACGAUGCAAGUCGUAUUUCUCGCUCUCGCUGUCCAUCUCCCUUUCGCUCUCCCUUUCUUUUUCGUUCUGCCCUGGAUAUCCCGGAUACUCCCACUGUACGGCGCCCGUUUUCGUCUCGACAAAGUAUGCGCGCUGGUUGUCUUCGUCCCACUCCUGGAUCCAGCCUUCGGGGAGCGGCGGCGGGGUGCUCUGAGGGGCAGGAUGGGCUGGUGCCAUGGUCGAGGUGCUUGAGAGACCGAUUGAAGAGGAGUAGGCGAGGGGCGCAGUAUUCAGGAUCUAAGUAGGUAAUAGUAUUUAUAUAUCGGCUGCCCUGUAAGUCUGUCCAGUCUACGCCGAGACAGCAGGGCACCUGCUCUUCUAGCCGUAAUAUACAGCUGGAUACCACCAGGACUUAGUGCAGGGGUCUCCUUCCCCAGUCGACGUC